AUGGACAGACUGGAAGGAAUACAAGCAGCCCCUGGCGCAUUCACUCGGCUGGCUCUCCCCAACAAAAACCGACGAACGCCCAACAAAGAGAUCGUGGCGGCGUUGUGGUUCUUGAGUGUCAAGUUCUGCUCACGGCUUGGCUGCUUCAGAACGAAACAUAACGCCCCCAACGGCCUGCUCGGAGGAACGUCGGUUGGCUCUGGGCACAUCAACACGCAUGCCCGACUUUGCGAUGCCGUCGGCUCUUACGUCUGUCAAAUUGAUAACCGCGUCGAACCGGUCCCGCGCGAAAUUUGCUGUAUCCAAAGUCGCGCCUUUGAGCAACGCAGGUUGACGGUCUUGGAGAGAUCCGAGGUAGGACCAGCGUCUUCGCAAAUGCGAAGACAUUGGGCCCCGAGCGUGACGAAUAAAGGCUACGAUUGCAGGAGGAUAUUCACGCCUCCAACCAGUGUUUGGAAGUUUGCAAAAAGGUAUCCAAGCAAGCCUCUCGUCAGAAGAUACACAUCGUUGGAAAAUGGUUGUUACAACUCUUGCCGAUUUUUUGACGUUGGCAAAAUAUUGGCUAAAAGCGGAUCUGCACAAAUAGUCGGCUUAAUAACGGAUAAUACGCUUCAAAAACUGACAGCAAAUCAGUAUAGCAGUCGUUUUGGCACCGCAUCCAACUAUCCUGGCCGUGCACAAGUUCGCAGCACUGCCUUGCCAGCAAGUUGCACGAGCCAAGACGGCGACAACCAUACUCCAUACCUAUCGAACAAGGACAGACAAUCCCCAGAUGCGCAUUUGAAGUCUGCCAGACCAUGCCCUAAUGAGGUUAGAAAACGGGCUGCCGAAGGCGGUGGUGCAUACCCGAUGUGA